UCGUGGUAAAUGUAAACGGCUGAGGAUACAGGAGUUAACUUUCACUGAUAUGAGCAGUUACAGUUGAUGAAUUUUCGCCAUUUACCGGCUAAAGUUACAUUCACGGGUUACUUCGACAUUAGCUUACAAUGGGAAAGUAAUACACGAUGAUUUGGUCAAGGUCAGAGCAUGGUUUACACUGUCAUUCUCUAAAAUCACCCACUACAUGAAACGUUUGAUGAUAUGUUGACAUUAUGCUGCCGUCCAUGUAUCGCGGGUUAUGGAGAGCUGCUGUCCACACGCUCAGGGCAAGCAAAGGAAAUCCACCUUCCAGAUUCCUGUCCACGUGCAAUGGAGUCUCAUCUGGACUGGCUGAUGCUGAGACCAUCUUUGCACUAUCCUCAGGCCAUGGCCGGUGUGGAGUGGCUGUGGUGCGAGUCAGUGGACCAGCCUCAGCCACAGCUCUGUCAUGUAUGACCGGGCUCACACGCAGCCUGCCUGCACCUCGUACUGCCCUGCUGCGCAGCAUCACAGACCCCCAGUCCAAAGAAGUGCUGGACCGCGGACUUGUCCUCUGGUUCCCAGCGCCACACAGUUUCACAGGAGAGGACAGUUUGGAGCUCCACAUCCAUGGUGGUCCUGCUGUCAUUACUGCUGUCUUACAGGCUCUAGGAAGCGUGCCUGGCAUGAGGCCUGCUGAAGCUGGAGAGUUCACGCGGAGGGCCUUUCAAGCAGGGAAACUGGGUUUAACAGAGGUGGAGGGGCUCGGGGAUCUGAUCCAUGCUGAGACGGAGGCUCAGAGGAGACAGGCUCUCAGGCAGAUGUCAGGAGAGCUGGGACGCCUUUAUCAGGACUGGAGUCACAAACUGAAACGGUGCCUGGCUCAUGUUGAGGCCUUCAUAGACUUCAGUGAGGAUGAGCUCAUAGAGGAUGGGGUCUUAAACCAAGUGGACAGGUCGGUGUGUGAUCUGCAAGCAGAGAUGGAGCGCCACCUUAAGGAUGAGAGACGGGGUGAGCGGCUUCGCAGCGGAGUCCAGGUGGUCAUCGCAGGAGCCACCAACGCAGGGAAAAGUAGCCUCCUUAACACACUCUGCCAGAGACCUGCAGCCAUUGUGUCUCCCAUUGCUGGCACCACCAGGGACGUAGUGGAGACGGCACUGGACAUCGGUGGGUUCCCGGUCCUCCUGAGUGACACAGCCGGCCUCAGAGACAGCCCCGACCUGGUGGAGAGAGAGGGGGUCCGCCGAGCUCGGGAAAGAGUGGAACAGGCAGAUCUGACCCUGGUGGUUGUGGACUCUGCUCAUCUCCCCUCUGAUGCACAGAAAGCUGCCACCAUCCUGCAGGGACACCUCAGGAGUGUCCUGCCCACCCAGGAGCAGCCCAAGACAGUAUUUUCUGCAGACAGGUUUCUGCUGGUGCUGAAUAAAACCGACCUGUUGCCUGAGGAGCAGAGGCUGAAGCUGCACAGAGAGCUGAGGCUGGUCUCAGGACUUCCUCCUGUUAGUCUGAUAUCUUGCCACACUAACAAAGGACUGCAGGACUUCCUCACAGUGCUACACAGCAGUGUCAAGACUCUGUGUGGCGACCCUCUGUCUGGUGCCCCCACCCUGACCCAGGCCCGCCACAGGGCCCACCUGCAGCAGUGUUUUGCUGCCCUGGCUCAAUACCAGCGGUACCGGGACAUCGACCUUGCUCUGGCAGCUGAAGGUGUCCGGUUAGCUCUCACCAGCCUGGGGCGGAUUACUGGACGUGUCGGGGCAGAGGAGAUCCUGGAUAUCAUCUUCAAAGACUUUUGCAUUGGAAAAUAGUCAGAGGAGUAUCAGCGAAAACAUGAAGUACAUGUAACAUCAGCCCGCUCAGAGAGGAAGGUUGUGUUCUUUUUUGGCAAGAACACUGCUUCGGCAUUACGCCAGGCUUCGAGGCACAGCAAGGGUAAAAAGAAUAAAAUUCAUGUUCUUGGCUGCAGAAUCACUCCGCUCCCAAGGCACAGAAAUCUUUGUUUUCUGUUGAUGCUCUUAAACAGACUGAAAUAGUUUUAAAGUGAUGACAGGUGCCUCGCAGGCCCCUUGUGCUGCACAAGUGUUUGGCAAGUCUUGAGUCAUAAUUUAAAAAUAGCCACAGAGAACCUUUGAUAGGUGGACAUUGGUCUCUUGGGUCACAACAUUACAGCCAAAACCAUUUAAAAUGGAGCCUGCAGCAAACAUCUGCAAGGCCAUGGACUCAAAGUUUCCUUGUACUGCAGGACAAUGAAGUUUUGUUUUGUUUUUCAUUAGGGAUCAGAUAUUCCAGCUGUACCCAUUUGAGACAUUUUGUUACUUUAAAUCUACUAUUUGUUGUAUUCUGUAAGCAAUGAUGUGUAUUCUGUGUGUGCUUGAAAGCAUUAGAUACACUUGAAAGUUACACUUAUCUCUUGAGCAAAAUAAUAUGAAAUUAUGUGCUACUAUUUAAAAUGUUAUAAUAAUGUUAAUAAUAAUAAUAAUAAUAAUAAUAAAGGUUAUAAUGCCAUACAUAGUUAAUACAUGUCAUAUGAGAUCUUUGGUGUGUGAUAAAUGGGAUAAUGUGAGUUUUCGUAACAAAUCAAAUUUGUGUCAUAAAUCUGAAAGACCACAAAACAAAUCUUAGAAAAGAAGGUCAGAUUGUCUUUACACCUGCAUUAAUGGAUUGAUUGUGAUAAAUAAAAGGCAGAGAAACAGGCUGUUAACACAUUAACAACAUCUUAGUUUGUUUCCUUUUUACACAUCCACCAGUCAAGGAGAAAUGUGUCCAUUGUGUUUCGUCAUGUCAUGUCAAUAUUAUUUUAUUCAUAUUAUUUUGACUGAUAUUUCAGUUGUGAUGUGAUUUACAGUAUUGGAGGGAAUGAUCAGUUUUGCAUCAUUAAUGUUAUUUUCAUUGAAAAAAUAUAUCAAAGUGAUCAUUGUGUGUUUUUUGUAAUUGUUCAACCCUUUUAUAUCCCACAAUAUAUACUUCACGUGUUUAUAAUACCCUCAUUACAUAAAAGCUU